AGCGUGAAAACCUUCGAUACACCGCAUUCCAACAACUGACUCAACCGCCCAAGCACUACCGCCCUACGACACCCGUACAACAGGUAAAAUGAUGCGAGCAGCGGGUGCAGUGGCUUUGGCUGUGGCCACACUGCUGGUCUGUUGCAGCGCCGAUCUUCAUCAGGAUCAAGAUAUGGGUGUCGGUGAACACCGCACUGGAGACUACGAUAACAAUGGAAACAAGCCACGUAAUUUGGACGCUCUCGGCGGCGGACAUUUAACCCGCGAAGUUAGAGAGUUACGCCGAUUCCCUUAUUUCAUGGGUAGGAGGUUCGAAUAUGGAAGUCCUUAUGGGGGUAAGCGCGAUCCGUGGCCCCUUGCAUCUCCAAUCGAGUACGGAUAUUACGGAGAGGGACUUCCCAAGCGCAAUUUCGACGAGAUUGACCGGUCUAACUUGGAUAAUUUCGUGAAGAAGCGCAACUUCGACGAAAUCGACCAUACUUCAAUGCCCUUCCCAUUCAAGCGCUUCUAUCAUCUCUAUGGACCCAACAACUUGGAUACACCAGUAUCCAGUUUCGACAAGAAGAGAUACAGACCAGACUACCCCAUGGAUGAGAUCGACCUCUCCCAAUUCCCCAUCGGAUCAAAGCGCGCCUACGAAUUCCCCGACGCGCACCCUCUACGAUAAAUUGUAAAUCCAGCAAUACCCAAACUUUCAAAGUAUCGACAAUUCAUAUUUUUCCUUUAUCUGUCACGUGUCUUGUAUAUUUUAGUAAAACCAGUUGUUAUAAGUUCAAUGUAAAAUUUUAUCCCCACUUAGAGUUCCCAUACGUGACUGAACUUCGUAAUUAUGAAAAAUUCGUAAUCCAAAGAUAUCUCCAAAUAUUCGGAAAGUAGCUCUUAAUAAAUAACGAUAUUAAAUAGUGUAAAUGUGUCAGUAUUAUUAAAAUAUAUCGUAGACAUUAUUGAUCUUAAUAUUUGUUUAAAUAUAAGUGUUUAUAUAGAUAAAAUAUUUAAUGUUAUAUCAACUGGAAAUAAAUUAUCAAAGAAUAAAAUUGUUAUAUUUAUAACUUCAAGCUAUUUAUUCCGAAAUGUUACCAUACAAAAUACAUUAAAAUAUGUUUAUUAAAAUGAUAUUAUUUUUAAUAUAAAUAAAUUAAUUUUAAAGUGAUGAAA